CAAGAUGGCCGAUUACUCUUCAGAAAGAACCGCUCAUGUAACUGCGACAUUCCAAAAAAGACUCGCUUUAGGGACUGAAGAAUCAGUGUUGAAUUGAUCAGGUAUAUCCUGAAUUUUUUCCGGAAAAGACAACGACAUGAACUUGGUAGCUCAUCCCUGCCGAUUCUCAGUGCCCUCGACCCUACACAAAUUUUCACGCACCAGGAGAGUGUUACCUACUGCUGUACUGAAGACGUUUAUACCUUGUCAAUACAUUGUGACACAAAACAGCUCAAAUUUCUUUUUCUAUUCAUCAUUCAAAUCUGUGCAUAGCAGAGGUGUGAGAAUGCAGCAACCGAAUUGUUUGCUGACAGAGUAUCACCAACAGUUGACAGGAAUACCAGCUUUUUAUUUGAGAGAAAUGGAGUUGAAUGAGAAGAUUAAGGCCAAACGCACGGUUCAAGGUCAGUUAGAAUUUUAUCAGUCAUGGAAAGAUCAAGGAUCUAUAGUGAACAGAAUAACAGCGCUUCAUGUGAUCGCUAAUAUUGUCAAGAAAAACCAGAAAGAAAGAAGAGUUUUGCAGGGCGAGAGAGACAAGGCAUUGAAUGGUACAAACAAUGCAUACAGUGAGAUCCUAGAUUUUCUUUCUGAUCGGAUUAUUUCCUGUAAAGGUCAAGGUCUAGCGAAUGUGAUGUGGUCCUUGGGAGUAAUUCAAGAAAAACACCACCGACUGGGUAAGGUUUGUGAGGAGGAAAUUCUAUCGCGCGAUAUAACUGCCUUUCACCGGGCUGAGGUUUGUUGUCAGAUUCUGCCAGGAUGUAUUGGCUUGGAACUGAAACAUUCGCUAGUUUUUAAACGAGUCGAGGAAGCCAUUUUGGCUGGGAAAAUCAAGUUGCAUCUUUGUGAAAAUCGCCAUAUCUGCGCGAUAUUGACUUGUUUUACCGAGGUUGGUGGCGGAAGUGUAAGUUUAUUUGAAACUCUGGAGGCUAACAUUGUGGAGAGAGAUUUUGGCUUUUUGCUCAUGGAACACCUUGAUCAGAUCUUGCACUGUUUUGCCAUCAAAGGCAUCUUCUCUGAUCAGUUGUUCAGCCAAGCGGAAGGAGAAAUUCUGCGACAGGGGUGCGGUAACUUUCGGAUGAUAGAACUUGUGACCAUUCCGCGCGCGUUUGCAAUCGCGGGUAAAGGAAGCGAGCAACUCUUUGCAGCUUUUGAGAAAGAAAUCUGUCAAAAAGGAAUCAAAUAUUUCCCAUUAUCUUGUCUAUGUUGGAUCGCUUGGUCUUUUGCCACAAGAGGGUUCACGCAAAGUGUGGUGUUUAAAUAUGCAAAGGACGCAAUCUACCAACGAGGAGUGAAAAAUCUCAAAAAUAGUGGCCUGGCGCUAUGUCUGUACUCUUAUGUGUUGGCAGAAAGUCCUUCACGAAUUUUUGUAAAGGAAUUAGGAAAAGAACUUCUUUCAAGAGACCUGAGAAUCUUCAAGGGUACCCAGCUAUGUCAACUGACGUGGGCUUGUUCAAACGCCGAGUAUUUAAACCCAGAAUUGCUUCAACGUUUGGAAGAAGAGAUUCUCCAGCGGGACUUGACACAAAAAGAGGAAAUCAUAAUAUCUGAAAGUUUAAGAAACGCUGAUAAAGGAGACAAAAAUCCGCCUCCAUAUUUGCGUGAACUGUGUAUUUCAUCAAUAUAGACACCUGUUUGUACG